AUGUGUCAAGUUCACGAAAAAGAAAUAAUCAAAUUUUAUUGUCCAUCACACCAUGCACUCGGAUGCAGUGAUUGCAUAACUUUAGGACAUAGAACAUGUAAAGUUGAUUACAUACCUGAAAAGUGCGUAGGUGUCGCAGAUGGGAAGGAAUUCGAUGACGUCAUGCAGAAACUCGGCGAAAAAUUAAAAGAAGCAUCAGAAAUCUUGAAGAAGGCUAAAGGCAAGGGAAGCAACAUAAAUUAUUUCAAUGAAGAAAUCAUCAAGGCGAUCACUGAAUUCCGAAAAGAAAUAAAUGACUGGUUAGAUCUAAUGCAAAAAGAUGCUUUAAAUAAUGCCGAGGAAAUAAGGGCCAACAACAACAAAAUUAUUCAGCAUGUCCUAGAUAAAUGUGAAAAUAUGAUUUCCAGUAUUAAAUGCUUGCAAUCAAGUCUACAUGCAAGCAAGGCAAAUCAUGAACAAGGUCAACUGUACAUCGACAUGAAGCGGGCAGAAUCUACACUGAAAUCAGAUGAAUUACAUGAAGUAAAAGAAACAUUAAUGCAUACCAAUAUGCGCUACUCAUUUCAACGAAAUGCUGAACUCGAAACAUUGUUCUGUAAGAAAAUGGUCUUCGGUGAGAUUGUCGAUCAUUCUCGUCAUGAAUCUACAAAAAUGACAAAAGCUGUUGAUCGUCUGAUUGGGAAAGAAAAUAUCAAUGUUAAAACUUUAUCAGAUGAGCUGGAUUGUAACAUCACAGGAUUUGCAGUUCUUAACACAAAUAAACUUGUUUUAGCUGAUCACUUCAACAAGAAGUUAAAAUUGAUAUCUAUAGAGAACAGAUUUGUAGAAGAGAAAGUUCUAGACUCAGCGCCAUUUGAUAUUGCUGUAAUGUCUCAGGAUCAGUUUGCAGUAACAAUGCCGUAUAUCAAAGAAAUAUUGGUCAUGACAACAGAAAACAAUAUAUCAUGUGCCCGCAGUAUUAAAGUAGAUAAGACAUGCUAUUGUAUAGACUAUAAUCAGGAUCGUCUUUAUGUUGAUUGUGUGUCUCCUUCUAGUGUGAUUGUACUGAAUACACAAGGUGAUAUCCUGAAUAACAUGCCUCUGAACUUUCUGUCACCUCGCUAUGCCCCGUAUAUUGCUGUGAGAAAGGAUUCCAAACUUCUGUAUAUCAGUGACUGUGGUAAAAACAGUGUAGUGAGUGUAUCAUUACAAGGGAAACUUACAGCUACAUAUAAACAUACAGAUCUUAGUAGACCACAAGGAAUGUUGUUGUUAGAUGAUGGGUCAUUACUUGUCUGCUCUUAUUAUAAUGGAACAAUUCAUAAAGUCAACGGAGACUUGAAGCAAAGGAAGAUAAUGUAUAAAGGUGAAGAUGGAGACCUUCUUCAAUCUAUAUGCCACAGUUCACGCUAUGCUGAGAUCUAUGUUGGUUGCAUUGGAGACCAUUUGAAAGUUUUUAACACACAAUGA